CGGACAAUAGAUGACUUAAUUAGUACCAUUGAUUUUUUCUUUGCAGGGUUGGUGAUCAACGGCGAUUUCGAGUCUCCCCCGUCCAGCGGCUUCCCGACGGGGGAAUCCGCCAUCUUGGAAGGCCCCGCCGAGAUCCCCAGCUGGAAAUCAGACGGCACCGUGGAGCUGGUCUCGUCGGGACAAAAGCAAGGCGGGAUGAUUCUGAUCGUACCUCAGGGAACUCACGCCGUCCGGCUGGGCAACGACGCCGAGAUCGGGCAGGAGCUGACGGUGGAGAAGGGUUCCGUCUACUCCGUCACCUUCAGCGCCGCUCGCACGUGCGCACAGCUGGAAUCGCUUAACGUCUCCGUCCCGCCCGCCUCCCAGACCAUCGACCUCCAGACGCUCUACAACGUCCAAGGGUGGGACCCUUACGCUUGGGCUUUCGAGGCCCAGGACGACAAGGUGUCGCUGGUUUUCAGGAAUCCCGGCAUGGAAGACGACCCCACCUGUGGGCCCAUCAUCGACGACAUCGCCAUCAAAAAGCUCUUCGCCCCCGAUCGCUCCAAAGAAAACGCGGUGGUGAAUGGUGACAUGGAGGAAGGACCGUGGAUGUUCAGGAACAUCUCGCUGGGGGUACUGCUUCCGACCAACCUUGACGAGCAGACAUCGUCUCUACCCGGUUGGAUCGUGGAAUCCAACCGAGCGGUUCGUUACAUCGACUCGUACCAUUACUCGGUCCCCGAGGGGAAGCGGGCCAUCGAGCUCCUGUCCGGGAAAGAAGGCAUCAUUUCGCAGAUGGUGGAGACGAAGCCCAACGAGCCAUACAAGCUGUCGUUUGCAUUGGGCCAGGCCGGGGACAGGUGCAAGGAGCCCUUGGCGGUCAUGGCUUUCGCCGGAGACCAGGCGCAGAACGUCCACUACACUCCCAAUGCCAACUCCACGUUUCAGACUGCUGAUCUGAACUUCACGGCCAAGGCUGAGAGGACCCGGAUUGCGUUCUACAGCAUCUAUUACAACACCAGGACUGAUGACAUGAGCUCGCUGUGCGGGCCUGUGAUUGAUGACGUCCGGGUUUGGUUUUCUGGGGCUGGGCGUUUUGGGCUUGGUGGACCAGUGUGGCUGGCGCUUGGGCUUUGGGCUUUUAUCUUGGUUUUGGUUUAGCUGUUGAAGUGGGGUGUUACUAUUUAGGGAAGUGGGUUUUGUGUUUCUCUCGCUGGCUUGGAGGGGUAUAUCAAAAUGUAAUGUUGGCUUUUGCUGUGCUUGCAAUCUGGCGAUCUGGCAAUUAGAAUGUUUUGCUAGUAGCUAAGUUAUAUUGGUUACAUCAGAAGUGAUCAAGUGAAUCAGUUCUGCUUCCUAAGAUUAGAUAUUCCACUUUGUCGCCAGCUUACUCAAUGUCUGAUCGCAUCAUAUAUAUUCCCAGAAGAUGCUGUAACACUCUGUCUGGGAUCUUUCCUUUGUGGAUUGGAAUAUAAGAUUGUUAGUAAUGGGCUUUAAUUGCACGUGUUGUAAGAAUUCAUGGCGGUGGUGAG